UCUUUCAAGAGCCUCAAGUGGUUCCAGUUCCAGGAGCGUAAUAAUUUUGUGCAAUAAAGUGAAAAUCUGCACGAAAACUAUUAAAACAAAAAAAUGAAAGCCUCUGACGAAGAACAAAAACCGAAGGAAGAAUCUCAGCCGGUGAUGGAAUCGGCGGCAGUCCAGCCAACGAACUACGAACAAGAAGACGAUCAACCGGAACAGGAUGGCAUUUUGGAGAAACUGAAAGGGGAUCGGAUCGGCGAGACAAUGUACAGCGAACGGUUUGUGCUGACAACGAUCCUUAAGCUGCCGCAACUGAAAACGAGCCUCGCCGAUGAUGAGGAUUUCGAGAAGGAUUUGUGCAGUCUGUGGGACAUGACGAUCGAGAAGGAUGUAGUGCUGUUUCUGUUGAAGCACGACGUCGUGGAGUUGUUUGUUGGAUUGUCCGAGAACUCCCAGGAUUACCGGUUAAUGGAGAUUUUGUUCGGGAUCAUCGGAAAUAUGUGCUGUGUCGAUGAGACCCAUAAGUGUUUGUAUGAGAACAAAUCACUUUUGAUGAGUUUAUGUGCGUUUCUAGAAUCCAGUGAUACGCUCGUACUUGUGCAGUUGAUGAGGAUUAUAACGUCUUUGCUGGAUAGAUCCGAUGACGAGCAGUACUGCUGGUUUAAAUUGUUUCGAGAGAUUGAAGGCAUGACGGACAAACUGGGCUUUAUUUUAAGCAGUACAACAAACAAGGAGCUGAUCGAACAUACCGUGGAAGCUGUCCAUGCGAUGGUGAAUCGAUUCACGGAAGCUGAAGUUGAUUAUGCUCAGCUCAACGAAUUCUACAGUAUCUUUGCGAAGCCCAGUCUUAUCGAGGGACUAAUGGAAGGAUUUAAGCAAGUUUAUCCCGAAACAGCGGCUGAGAAUAAGUUCGAAGAGGAAUAUUUAACAAGUAAAGAUUUGAAAACUAUUCAAAAGUUCCUUGAGAUUCACGAAAACCUGAUUAUUAAUGCUAACGAAGCUUACACGAACUACGUGGAAAAAAUAGUCUAUUGUAUGUGGCGUGUGCUUGUUCCGCUGAGUGGUGAAAGUUCACUUCUUCCACUAUCCAAGAUGCAUGUUCGGAUUUUCGUGUCCAUCAACAGUAUUUACAGCGCAAUAGUCUAUCAUUUUCAUGCCGAAACGUUUCUAGCUUUAGUCAAGAUUUAUACUCUGUUGUCAAAGGAACAGGAAGCGAUUCAGAAGAACGCAACAAAUCAGGAGAGUUCCACCGCAGAUGAUAAGGAAGAAACUGAAGACUGUGAAUUUGACAUACAAACAGCGUUGGGCGAAAUACUGGAAACCCUUUACUUUACUGCUGAGCCGAUCGAUUUAAGCACCAUAGAAAAUACGUGGAAAGCAAGCUGUUUUAGCGAGCCAAUAGUGGAACGGCUUUGCAGUGCGAUUCGAGGAACCAUGGCCGGGGAUCCGCUGCUGGAACGAACGUGUAAUUUACUCAUGGAAGGGGCGCGCAACGUUUGGAGCAAAAAAGACCGAUCCUAACUUAAGACUA